CCAGCGCUGAUUUCCCAUACAAUGGGCAAGCUCUAGGAGAUGGAGUCAACAGGAACUCUGCAAUCAUCGGAGGGGUCAUCGCAGUGGUGAUCUUCACCAUCCUCUGCACCUUGGUGUUCCUCAUCCGCUACAUGUUCCGCCACAAAGGAACCUACCACACCAAUGAGGCCAAGGGGGCCGAGUCGGCCGAGAGCGCCGACGCCGCCAUCAUGAACAAUGACCCCAACUUCACGGAGACCAUCGACGAGAGCAAGAAGGAAUGGCUUAUCUAAGGCCCUGGGGCCGGGGCCUGGGGUGUGGGGUAGGAGCUGGGCCGGGGAGGGAGGACUGGGAUGACUCUUGCAGCGGGGAGAGAACACUCUGCGUCGGACGCUUGAGCACAUGUACGGUUAAAGAGGUCAGCACAACUGGAGGAGCAAAGCCGAGAGGAAAAUGCCACUGGGACUGGAGGAGAGGAAAGGAUACCCCAAGCAUUUAAAGGGAAAAAAACAAAAGCUUUUGCUAUUUCUUUGACAGCAAAUUGCCCCGUCCUUACCCAAACCGCCGCACAACGAGCCGUGGCGCAGCGUGGGCGCUGGCCGGAGCUGGCAGCGACCCCUGUGUGUUCCCCUGUGUGUUCCCAGAGGUGUUCUGGCUGCCUGCAGCAAGAAACAGGGCUGGCUUGGACAUGGUUUUUUUUAAAAGCUGUGUAAAACUUGGGUCCUGAGAACAUCUGUUCCUGAGAACAAGCAGCAGACCUUCCUUCCCAGCCGGCCACGUCCCCACACCUUGGCCACGUCACCUUGGACUGGGGGUUAGGAGUGGGACUGGGGGAGUUUGAGGAGCACUGCUAAUCUUCCACACCGGGUUUCCAACACGCCAGAGGCCCGUGCCAGCCCUGGCAGGAUCCAUCUUCUUGGCCCAGGCACUUUAUUGGGUUCAUACAGUUUCUCAUCAGCAACAUACAAAUGCUGUUAUUCCUACUGCUACCAGAGAGGAUGGUCAUGUAAAGCACAGGAAGCUUUGGGGGGGAGGGGGUAAUGAUGGUGAUUUUCUUGAUCCUUGAGGGAGGAUGGUGCUGUGUGUCCAGCCUGUUGUUGUGUCUUUGGCUGUGGCACUGGUGACCUGAGGCACGAGCCGGUCUCAGCUCUGCCUGGCAUACGCUGUACGUAGGGCAUAGGUGUUGUGGAAGGGAAUUGGAGACAGGCUUUGUUUGCUUCUGUUUCUUUAUGGGCUGUCACAGAAGUAUUAGCACAGCUCCAGUCAAUGUGUUUGAAGCCAUGGGCUUCACAGAAGAGGGGUUUUUAACAACCCUAGCAGAGCAAUUUGUUCUUUACAUCCUUUUGCACGGGAGCGUGAAGGUGAGCUGAAGGAGGUUGGAAACUGCCCCGAGAGCACAUGAGGAGCACACAGCACAGAGUUACUGUUCAGUGCUGAGAUUUGCCUGACUUUCUGUCUUUGCAAGGCCUUUUUGAGAAGAACAAGGCCAGUGCCAAGGGCACCAUUGCACACCACGUUCCCUCUGGGGCCAGGGCAGGGGUAGGCUGUGAGGCAGGCAGACAGCUUGUAGGAAAGGGGCAGCCUGGAGCCCUUCUGUCCUUUGAUGGCAAUAACACAACUUUGGCUUGCCCUCUGUAGAGGAGCAAGCUGCUCCAGUGCUCUGAUUUGACAGGAAUUUAAGGCCUCAGUGGGCAGGUUUUGCAGUGGAACUGAAGGACUGAAUGCAUUGCAGGGCAUUUGCUGUGUGCUGUAAGAACAGGAACAGUACUGAGACUUUCCCUUUGAAAGUGUUUAUGCUCAUGGCAGUCCAAAAUUUGCUUUAUCUUUAGUAUUGCUGGGUUUAGCUUGCACAGAUCCCAUCUGUCUUUCUACACAAGAGUGAAGUCUCUUUGCCCCAGACCUGCAGUCUGCCACUGCUGGCAUCUUCAGUUUCCUUAUCUUUUGGAUUGUGUCUUGCCUUAUUCUAGUCGAUGCUUUAAAAUGAGCAAGGAAGAUCACAGAGAGGAAGGAAAAUAUCAGACAAGAACUUCAUAAGCAGAGUUUGUCAGACAGACAAGGCCUGAUAGUUUGGGGUUUAAGGACAGUAGCCUGAAGUCCUCUCUUGGGUUCACAGAACAGAGAUAUCAGAGCAAGUCAGGUCCAUUGAUUUCUUCUGGUUCUAGGUCUGGAAUGGGCGUACCAAAAAGGUUGCCAGUUUCAAAACAAAAGGCUGUAUCUCAGGUACCAUUAUGUGGCAGAGGGGUUCAGGUGGGCAUAAAAAUCACCUCUGUUGCUCGUGCUCUGCAGUCUUUUGCCUCGCCUCCAGUAUCAACGUCUCCCUCUCUUGUGUUGAAUCGACCAGAUGACUCCUUACCCUUGUUUAGCCCUGGGUGUAAGGUAAGUCUCCAGCCCCUGCAGAGUAUCAGCGUGGGAUGGGGCUAACCUGCACCACUAAUUCAGACAAAUAUGUAGCAAUCACAGGUGUCUUUGAAAAGGCAUUCUCUUUUCUGUGGUGUUUUCUGUUUCAUUUGGUUCCAGUGCUGGUUUAGUCCACUCUGGAAGCACCCUGCCCUGCACCUCUGAGCUGCCGAGGGGUGGCAUCGCUUCCAGUGGCCUCUGUCCCACGUGAGUCUGUGAUGAAGCCAGGGACCCUGUAAGCAAGAGUUUCUGGAAAACAGUCUGGGAGCACUGCACAAGCAAUAGCUGAAUGUAAAUUAGCACCUCAGAUCUGAAACAAACAGGUUUUUCCUUUCUGCAGUGCUGUUGGUAAGUAGCUGCAGCUCUCACCGUGGGCCUCUUCAUCCAGCUCAUCAGUGCUCUGGUGCAGUGUCCAUGCUCUUCAACCUUGUCUUUAUUUUCACAGUACACUCACUCUAGAAACUCUUCAGCUGAUUCCAGUUCUUGUUUCUUCUUAAGCUGGACCUUAGGUGUGCUGCUGUAGACUAGCAGCUGGUCUCUGCAUAGGCAUUGGGUGACUGCAGGUGAAUUCCUGCCUCAUAUUUCUUUGUUGAGAAGGGUGGGUGUGUAACUACAGGCCACUCUGCAGCCCAGCAGCCAGGCAGGAGCAGAGAAGCAGCUGGUGUGUUUUGCUAGCACCAUGUCUAUUCAGAGGAUCUCUUUCUCAGAAGGCUUCCUUUCCUCCUCUUCCUUCCUGCAGCCUGUUACUGAAGCUUGAAACGACAUCCAGAGCCUCCUUCUCUGCAGUGUGCCCGAAGUCCAGGUUGAGCAGGUGCUGUCUGUGGUGGGAAAAACCUGCUGGAGGGGAGAGUGGCUCCUGCUUUUAUAAAACCCUGCACUUUCUCCAAAGAAUAUUAAAGCAAUGAGCCUUUUAUCACCUCUUCUUAGCCACUUCCCCUAUUUGACCUGUGCAGGACAACGUACCUUUGUGGACCAGCUGAGGAAUUGGAGCAUCCCAUCCCGUAACACCAUAAGCAGUGUAUGGGGGUCUAGUUUCCAGCACAGGCAGACAACCAGCUAGUGAGUGACUUGUGGAGCUCCAAAGAGCCAAAACCAGUGGGGAAGUCGUUUGGAUAUGAACCCAGGCUGGAGGGGAAGCCCACAAUGCAGCCUGGCAGCUGCGAGUUGGGUCUUUGACACUACUUCAUCUGGCACAAAACCCGGGUGUCUUAAAUAGUGGUGGUUAGUACUGACUGCAGCAUUUCUGCUUUGUGUUUUCCUGGUCUCAAACACUACCUUUUGUGUCUCUUUCCCAGCAGUUCCCACUCCUGAGGUAUGUCAGCACCUUGGUACCGUGAUGCCUGGGGAAGGAGGGUCAGCACAAAGGUGUCAGUAAGACUGCCAAAGCAGUGGUGUGUCUGCACAGGCUUAUUGUAGCACUCAGAACUCAGUGUGAGAGCCUAGCAAACAGUUCCAUUCCAAUGAAAACUGUGUCCUUUAAUGGCAGAUGCAUCUGACUGCCAGGGUAUCUGUUGGAUCGUGAAGCUGCCUCUGUCUGACGUGCAAUAGCUGGUGACAUGGUUUCUCCCUGGAAGGGUUUCACGUUCCAGCAGGCAGGGUGAUCACAACAGGGUGUCCUUCCUGAAGAGCAGAACCUCAGUUCUCUGGGUGGGAUUUCAUUACCCAUCCAAGAGAAAGGAAACAGAAACCUUGCCUUCUAAAAGCAACAGCAUAUAAACUAGAGGGAAAGGACAAAGUGCACACACACACGAGGUCUUCUGUGAAUCUGUCCUCUUCUGUUAGAAACCAGAUUGGUACAUAACAAAAGUGAAAACCAAACCAAAGCAAUCUGGAAUGGUUUUGGUUACCCUGACAGCUGUUUGCUUGUGCUUUGUAAUUCUGAGCCUUGUCUAUAUUGUAUCUGUCUCUAGUACCAGGACAGGAGCUGGAAAUGCCUCAAGGAAUACCCACAGUACAUGAGAAAAGGGGCUUCAGUUGUAGGUGAGAAGAGAGGGUGCUAAGAGCAGGGAGGACUGAGGGGUGUGUGAGCAUGUUCCUCCUGCACCAGGCAGCCCCAGUGGAGAGGAGAAUCUCAGGCAGCUUAAAUCUGUGCCUGUUGAAGUGGAGUGAGGGUCUGAGAGCACGCAGAAAUGAAAGGAUUGCUUUUGUGAGGCUUCUCCCCCUCUGCUCCCUCUGCAGGGGGCAGCAGGCAGUCUGCCAGCAGUGCUGCUGCCCCUGGCCCCUGCAGGUCCUGUGGCACUGGCAGCCUCACAGGAGACACCCUGCUAGUGACUCUGCCCUUCCCUUGCUGAACGUGAGCCUCUUACUGAAGUCAUUAAGACAAAUGUGUGCCCAGCUCAGCAGACCUGUGCCUGCUCGUUUUAAUAAACUCCCUUAUCAGGCUUCAACAAGUUCUUGCAUGUGAAGUGUUGUGUAGAAGAACAUUCCAGUGCACUUGCAUGGGACAGUGGGGAAUGUGGGCAAACAAGAGUCAGGGCAGCAACCACCUGAGCCAAAGGAAUUGUGCUCAUUCCCAUCUGUUUGUCUGUCUGUGGUGUGGGUAAGAAGAGUGCAUCAGAAGUGUGGGCAGCAGGUCGAGGGAGGUUCUGCUCCCCCUCUGCUCUGCCCUGGUGAGGCCUCAGCUGGAGUCCUGUGUCCAGUUCUGGGCUCCCCAGCUCAAGAGAGACAGGGAACUGCUGGAGAGAGGCCAGUGCAGGGACACCAAGAUCCUGGGGCAAUGGAACGUGUGUGGGGAGGAAAGGCUGCAGCCCUGGGGCUGUUCAGCCUGGAGAAGAGAAGGCUGAGCUCAGGGGCACCUCAGCAACACUUACAAGUACCUGAAGGAUGAGUGUUGAGAAGAUGUGGCCAGUGUUUGGUGUGUGGUGGCCAGUGCCAGGACAAGGGGUGACAGACACAGGCUGGAGCACAGGCAGUGCGUCUGGCACAGGAGGAGCAAGUCCUUCGGUGCUGAGGUGAGGGAGCCCUGGCCCAGGCUGCCCAGGGAGGGUGUGGAGGCUCCUUGGAAGGUUUCCAAAGCCACCUGGACACGUUCCUGUGCACCCUGAGCCAGGGGAACCUGCUUUAGCAGGGGCUGGGGCUGCAGCAGCUUUGCAGAGCCCUUCCAGCCCCCACCAUCUGGGGACUCUGUGAAGUGCCUUAAGCACCCAGCCAGAGCCUUGGCCCCAUCCAAGACCUUCCCUGGCUUUGGCAUGUGACAAAGGCAAAGUCCCAUCACGAUGCCUCAUGACCAUAUUUCAGCUGUUCAUUGGUUCUAGCUGUUGCAACACCCAGAAGGAGGAUCACAUUUCCUACAGGAGUCUUCUGCAUUCCUCUGGGAAAGCUCUAGAACAGAGAUGGGAGCUGGGGUUCAUGUUUGAAGCCCUUCUGGUACUUGUAACGCUGCAACAGAGAGCAGGGUCUGAGGCUGUUUGGGAUGCCCUGGCUACAGCUCUUGGGGGAUUGCUGCUGUGAUGCUGGGGGGUAAGAUCCCAGCCUGGCUUCACAGCCACAACUCUGCAGGGCUGGCAAAAAUCACUGCUGAAACCAGAGUGUGGUUUUGGAGGCAGGCUCAGGCUUUUCCCAGCAGUGGUGGGCACAUGUGGUGCCUCAGAUGAGAGCAGACAUGGGCCUGGGAGCAAAACACACAUUUCACAAGCUGUUGCACAGUUCCUUUAGCACCCUCUUCAGCCCUGACUUUCCUGUAUAAGCAGACUCUUGAAGCACAAAACCCUGGUGAUGCCAACAGGAAGGAAAGUGACUUGGCAAGGAAGGUUUGUGACUGCUUUAUGGAGAAGUGGGGUUUUGUUUGUUCCUGAGUCCCUCCACGUCAAAAAGAAAAGCUUGGUGUCAACAGUUUCUCUCCCAGAGAAGCGUUUCCUUUGGCUACCUUUCCAUUUUCAAACCAGCACGAGGAAGGUUGAGCAGUUACCCCAUAGAGCACAAGGAGAGCUGCUUCUGUGAGAAGAGCUCAGCAUACCCCUUGCAGAUAUACCCAGGAUCAGGUAACAGACGUUGUACCCCGUUCCUUCUGUGGUGCUGCAGCUUCCAGUGAUGCAGCUUCAUCUUCCCACUGCUGUUCUUCCUUAAUGGCAAAAUACCUGGAUUAAAUAAGAAAUGUAAGAGUGCCUUUUGUUCUACCAUGAGCACAAAGGUGGUAAAAUGGGCACCAAAAAGUGCAUGCACUUGUGUUACCAGGGGUGACUGUGCUUGCUUGGUGUGUACAGGGAAUAACAGAUGCUUGCCUCCUCAGGUGCUGCCUCCAUGUCACCAUUUUGGUUAUCACAGCUCAGAGGGAUGUAUACAGAUAAUAUUAAACAGCUGGUGUUCUGUAUUCUAGCAAGAAUCUGGUAGAAGUUGUUCUUAUCUAGUGAAAAGCCACGUCAGGGCAGGUAGAUGCCACUUUCUGACAACUGAGAACAGUGAAUUACUGGAGCAAGGCUGUAGCAGAAACCACCUGAGGGAACGUUUAUCGUGCUGAACAGCAAACUGAACCAGACAGAGUUCCUUCUUGCUGUGCAGGUAGGGAGUUUGGGGCAGGUAUAGUGCUGCACCCUGCAUGCAUUGCCUUUUGGGCCAAAACACCUGAGCUUCUCCUGUGUUUCACGUGCUUUAAAGCAGGCUGGUGCAGGGUACAGCUGAAGGCAUGGAACUGAAGCAAGCUGCUGCUGGGAGAGCACGGGAUCACAAAUGCCAUGCUCUGCCUCGACCUGCUGAUCUGUCCUUGCCCAGGAGACAGUUCUCAUCUGUGUUGCUGCCAGGCCCUGGCUGUUGUCCCCUUUCCCCCAUCCUACAGAACAGCCCCCUGUCAGAAGGGACCUCAAAAGACCGUCUGGUCCAGCCCUUGCCUGGAUGACAUCACCUAACAUCCUAUCUAGUCACCUUUUUUCCCCCUUCCAACUCCAUUUUCAGUGAGGUGGGCUGUCAACAGGCCCCUAAAACAGGCUGGAGGAGUCACUGGAGCAAGUCAGCAGGUUCUUUGAGUCGGGCAUGAAGCGAUACCUUCCGAUGACCCACGUCAGGUGGCAGCAGGCUUCAUCUGGAGGAUUUCCAGCCCAGCAGCUCUCCUGCAUGUAGUCACAGCUUUGGUUAGCAAUGGAGCAAUCAAGUCAGUGUCUUUUCAGACCCCUGUGGAGGUGUGUGAGAUAAAUAAACUUGGCUGAAUAAAGACACAGUAGCCAUGGUAUGCUGAUGUUUCUUCUCUGAAGUGCAGGAGCUCAUGCUUGCAGCUGGCAUGUCACAGAAGGAGCCUGAGGGUGGCAGCCAAGGCACCAUUCCCCAGCUUCCCAGAAGCCCUGCACUACUUUGGCUUCAAAAUCUCCGCUGGGGAAGUGUUUAGCAGUGAACCCGUGGUUUGCCAACAUGAAGCACUGGAUGCUGGAGCAGCAGCUGCUUGUAUUUCGUUUCUGUUACAAAGCCGAGGUCUGUCUGCAGAGCGUUCUCGUGUGACUUGCACCAACGAGACCUUUGUCCUUGAAACAAGCUCCUGCAGCAGGGUGAGGCAGUGAAGAGCCAUUCCCUUUGCUGCACUCCCUGAAACACCACGUAAAGUCCCUUUUGUGACGCAGUUCCUGGUACAGGAGUGAGAUCCCUGAACACAUCUAUUGUCUCCUCUUUCCAAGCCCCUGCCCACCACUUCCAGCAUGGGAAGAAAUUGGCUGACUGUUCUGGGUGUGUUUUCCCAUCUCUGACUUUGAUAUGUUCCCCUCACUGACACAUUAAUCACCUUUCAUUGCCACCUUUAUACUGCUUCACAGCACUGCUGGCUACUUUGACCACCUUCCUCAAGCGUGUAGUGGGAGAGUUGUAUGCCACUGCAUCCCUGUCAUCUGUUCUCCUUGCAGCUGGGCUUUAUCUCUUUAUAGCACUCAGUGACCAGCAGUAAGAGUUUGGUUUCUGCCAUUGGCAGUGUUACUUUAGACCUUGUUUGUAUUUGUUCCAAAAUCAGAGUGUUCUCUGGCAGAGAGCCUGAAAAUGAGGUGGCUGCUCUUCAUCAUUCCAUUAAGCACUAAGGUUGACCUGGUUCUGCAGGGGGGUUGGACCAGGUGAUCUCUAAAGGUCCCUUCCAGCCCCACCAUUCUGUGAUUCUAAGCAUGCUCACUUUUUUUUUCUUGUUUCAGAUGUUCCCAAGAGACAUCAGUACUAAAAUAAAUGUCUAGCAAGAGCCAGCUUCUCUUUUCCUUAGAGCCACGAGAUGCUGGCGUUAACCCUCAGCCAUCGCUUUCCCUUGUGCUUCUGUGGCACGAGCAUGUGGCCCCUGCCAGCCUCCAAAGGACACAGUGACAUGAUAGAGGCUUCCAGUGGUUUUAGUCUCUUGGUGUUCUAAAGGUCCAUCUCAAUGGGGACAAGGUCAGCACUCCUACACAUUGUGGUUGUUGGCACAUCCAAGGAAGUUCUCGGCAUCGGGUUCUUGAGGAACUUUGAGUUUUCAUUGGAUCAGCAUCUCAGAGAGGGGAAAAAAGGUGCAGCUUCUGUAUCUGUGGUACAUGAGGUCCUGUGCUCGCCCCACUGCAGCUCCAGCAUUGGGGCUGGUCUUGUGAAGCUGCCGGUACUUCAGGUCAGAGACCAGUCACCGAUUCCCACGGGCUCUCUGAAGCACAGGGAGCUGACGUGCCACAGAUCUGCCAAGGAGGGUGCUUUCGUUCCCUCUGCCCCUCACUGCAUGGACACCCAUCUGUGGGCUGGGCAAGCGCCACAUAAAAUACCUUCACUCCUGAACCCCCCUUGUGCAGAGCAGCCCGAGGCCGGGGAGUUCCCCUGACCCGUGGCUUGGCAUGUUCCUGAAAGGCUUCAGCUCCUCAGCAGCCCCCAGCCCGUUCAGAGCAGCCCACUGACUUCAUGCCACGUGUGGAUGCCAACUCCGACUCCCAGCACUCGGCUCACGGGGAUUAAAUAGAUCCCCCCCCGUUCCCCCCGCUACGGGGUGCGUGGGAUGUGCUCAGUCUGAAGCUUCUCCCUGAUGUGUAUAAAUAGAGAUAUAGAGAGAAAUAGAUAUUUUUAUGGAGAUGUUUUAUAAGUGGCCUUUGUGCAUGGUAAUUAUUGCCAAACUCUUGUUCUCUAGGAGCUCUGGAGUGGCUGGUUCUGCAGUUCAGAAGGCAGCCAGCUGCCUCUCCUGCAAGGCAGGCGUGGGGUACAGGCUUACCCUUUCAUUUUUGUUUCUCAGCUAUAGUUUGCAUGGUUUGGAUUUGGGUUUUGUCUCAGUAUCCUGUUAUUUUGGUUUUUCCUUUCCCUCAUUGCUUCUCUGGCAGGGACAUCUUGGGCUCAAGCAGGAACUGGGUGCCCAGUCCUUGAGGGAUGGAUUGCAGGCAGCAGAGCAAUGCCUGCCUUGCACAGCAACACCUGCAUUGCAGAGCAACACCUGCCUUGCACAGCAACACUUGUCUUGCACAGCAACACCUGCCUUGCACAGCAACACCUGCCUUGCACAGCAACACUUGUCUUGCACAGCAACACCUGCCUUGCACAACAACACCUGUAUUGCACAGCAACACCUGCCUUGCACAGCAACACCUGCCUUGCACAGCAACACUUGUCUUGCACAGCAACACCUGCCUUGCACAGCAACACCUGCCUUGCACAGCAACACCUUCCUUGCACAGCAAGACUUGCCUUGCACAGCAGUGCCUGCCUUGCCUUGCACAGCCCGUGAUGCAGCGUGAAGGCCUCCAAACAGUUUCUUUAGCAAGCUGUGGGGGUUUCCCAGCUUAGCGAGCUUCUGCUGUUGCUUCAGCUUGGCUUGGCAGCUGGGUUAGGAGCAGGAAAAGGGGUCAGCAGAGACCAGGACAGGGGUGAGGGUUCAGAAGCAGGUUGGCAAACACAGCAGUAGGACAAGGCUGUCAGUGGCUCCUGAGGCAGGUGGUUCCACGGCCUCUUUUCUUUUACUCCUUGUAUUUUUUACGUGCUCUCUGCCACAUCCGAGUGACGCUUCUCCAGUGGCCGGCCAGCUCUCAAUAUCCUGGGCUCUUGGUUAGAGGGAGAAGCACAGUUGUGCUUUGUUACUGAUGUGGCUGCAGCUGCAGAGCAGCCCGUGCCCAGGGAAGUCCCAGGGAAUGCAGAUCCAGCCUCUCGCCCCUUCCCUCCAAAGCCAAUCCCAGGGGGAUGUGCCUACCAAGCUGGUCCCAUUUCCUGGAGGGGCAACCAAGACCUCGCCUGUUUGCAGUUAUUCCAGUCCCCAGGUUUCUUUCUUGAGCACAAUUUCCCCACGGGAAGCAUAACCAGGAGAUGGUGGUUGCCCUAUUGAAACAAAAACGUGUAUAGUAACAGAAAACUUUACAAUCCUAAUCGGGAAGUAUUAGUGUAUCUGAGAUUCCUCUGUCAUAGACACUUAGUCUACAGGUUUAUGGCUACAUUUGCUAUGUUAUGCUUGAAUAAACAUAUAAUUCAUUGAAAUACAUGAGACUGAUAAAAGUAAUAUGAUCUCUUUAAGGAGAAUAAA